AUGGCGGCGACCGCUCCCGCAGAGACGAUGCCGCUGAACACCGCAGGCAAAAGCACGGUGGGGACAACGUCGGCACCGGCGGCGGACGCCGCCGCCCAGCCCCAGCCGCCACCGCUCCAAGACAGUCUCACUCGGCGCCUCUUCGCGUCGUGGCAGCAAGGUGUGGUGGCCAGCAUUGGCGCCGUAAUGGGUAUCGGCUUCCUUUUAUUUUUUCUAUACACCCCGGUGAAGGAGGACACGGUGCACCACACCGCCGUGGUCGCGUCUGAGGCGCUGGCUGACGCGCGGCUUAAAGGGCAGGCGGUGCAGCUCUCCAAGGAUGUCGUGCUGGAGGUGCUGCGGAAUCCCAAGUCUCUCGACGCGACCGUGGACGUCGUUGUCGAGCUGCUAGCGCGCGAAGAGACGAAGAUUGCCGUCUCCUCGCUCCUUCAGUCCUUGUUCGAGGACCACUACACGCAGGAGGUGACGAAGAAAUUCGUGUUGCGGGUGGUGCAAGACCCUUGGAUUCAGGAUCAGCUGCAGAUGAUCACGGAAGAACAGGUGCGCAAGCUUCUCAACAACGCCGCUGUCAAGACUGAGCUGUCCAAGUUCCUACUCAAGUCGGCGGUGGACUCGCUUGAAAAGCCGCAGCUGCACUACGAGGUGGCGAAGGCGAUGCGUCACUCUGUCGCGUCGCUCGUGAACUUCUGGUGGAUUUGA